AUGGCAUACGCGAAACUCGGUUCUGAAUUUUUGGCCUCACGACUUCGUUCGUUUUCAUCAGCUCGAGAUAUAUGCCCAUCUGCCGUCGUCGCCACCAUCGACAGUCUCUGGAACGAUCCUCUUCACCGCGCAUCCCGCACACUGGCCUCCAUCGACCGUCCGUUGCUGCAGGCUAGUUUGGACGACGUAGCAGCAGGAGCAAGAGGUUCGUUAGUAGCAGCAGCAGCAGCAACAACAACAGGGCGAACAGUGGUCGCAGGCGAACAGGGCUCGUCGUCCGCCUCUGCCGCCUCCGCUUCCGCCGUCGCCGCCUCCACCCCGUCCAUCCCGGUUGUAACCGUGGAAACGGUCCUUAGUGCUUCGUCAGCAUCCCUGAACCCUUCUAAUACCGUUACAGCCUCCGUCGGCGUCUCCACUGCCUCGGUUUCUCCCACCUUCCUGUGCAUCGCGUCCCCGCCGACCAAGCGUCGAAAGAUGCAGGACCAGCAGCUGCAGUUGGACGUAAACACUACUUGCUGUUCGAACGGCACAAUCGUCGGUCCUCACAGCGCUCCUUUUACCUCGUCCUCCUCGUCGUCGGUGUCGUGCUCGGUCGCGUCGAGGCUGAAGCGAUUGGCACAUGCCCAUGCGGCCGUCGGCUCCCGUUCUGAGAACGGUUCGUUGUCGUCGUUCAACGCCGCAGCUGCUGCCACGUCCACCAGCCAUGAUAUGGAACCACCUAUCACCGCCGUUGAACUGUCGGCCACUGACCGCGAGAUGGUGCGCCUCAUUCUGCAGCACUUGAAAAACGUCGGAAUGCAUGGAUGGACGGUACCCGGUGCCUUUCACGUGUUGACCGACCAGCAAUUUCCGCCGACAGCUAAGCCACCGGAGCUUUUUAGAUUCACAGUUGAAAAUAGUGAUACGGUAAAGGUUCUGAUGAACGAGUCAGGAUGUCGGAUGGAAUUGCCGAUCGCGACGAGGUUCAGGGAAAACGUCCUUUCCGGUCAGUGGGAUGCGGUGCUGAAAGAGGUGUACAGUCUACAGCCGUACCUGACGAAGCCGCAGCACCUGACCGAAAUGAAGUUCAUGAUCUUAGAGCAGAAGUACCUGGAAUUGGUGCGAAGCGGUCAGCUGUUAGAAGCGCUUCUGGUGCUGCGCGAAGAGAUCACCCCGUUGCACUUUAGCAUGGACCAUGUCCAUCGACUUUCUUCGUACCUGAUGUUCAGCAGCAGCUCCGAACUGAGACAGUACUUCGGCUGCGACGCGUUCGAUGGCAAGUCGAGGGAGAAGCUGAUGCAAAAGCUGCAGGGCUAUCUGCCAGCGUCGGUGAUCUUGCCUCCUCGUCGCCUGGAAACACUGGUCAACCAAGCCUUACAGUGGCAGCGAUACAAGUGCAUUCUCCACAACCUCAAGGAAGAACCCGCCAGCCUUAGCCUAGAAAUGUCACUUUUGUCUGACCACUCGUGUAGCAGGGCUACACUUCCGUGCCACACGUCUUGUAUAUUAACCGACCACUGUGACGAAGUGUGGUUUUGUAAAUUUUCUCAUAACGGGCGGUACUUAGCUACUGGAUCGAAAGAGAGCACGGUCUAUAUUUGGGAUGUGGACAUGUGCGCGAGGAGUCUGCGACGUAAAUUCGCUUUUGACGGGCAU